AUGUCAGAUUUUAUACAACCUUAUAAUAAUGACCCUUUUGUAGGCAACUUAUCAACUCCUAUUAGUACAUCAAGUAUUACAAAAGGUCUAUUAAGUAACCUCCCUGCUUAUAGAAGAGGUUUAUCACCUUUAUUGAGGGGUUUAGAGAUUGGAAUGGCACAUGGCUAUUUUUUAGUUGGUCCAUUUGAUAAAUUAGGACCAUUAAGAAACACAGAUGUUGCAUUAUUGUCUGGUUUCUUAUCGGCAGUAGGUUUAAUUAUUAUAUUGACAACAUGCCUUUCAAUGUAUGGUAAUGUUUCUUUUGAAGUAGAUGAUUCAAAAGAUGUAUUGCAAACAAAGGAAGGUUGGGGACAAUUUACAGCAGGCUUUCUAGUAGGAGCUGUUGGUGGCGCAGGUUUUGCUUAUUUAAUUCUAGCAAAUAUACCUGUAGUACAAUCGGUAGGUUUAAAUUUAUUUUAA